AUGUCUGAGGAGAAUGGUAGUUCUCACCAGGGGGUGGAGGAGGAGGAGGCUUCAUGCCCAGGCCAGAGCAACGAGCCUGGGGAGGAGCCAUCGUCACACUCCCCUACCCAGCAGAGUCCGCACCCGGAGCUGGAGCUGGUGGGCUCGGACGGAGAAGGCCCUGAAGCCGAAGCAAAACCCAACUCACCCAGCCAGCUGGUCUCGGACCCGAGCGAGGCGGCAAACACACACAUUUCCAACUCACCCAGCCAGCUGGUCUCAGCAAACACACACAUCUCCACAGCUCAGGACGUGACUGAUGUCCACCCUCCACUCAUCAGCAUCACAACAGGUGUAAGUGGGCACAAAAGAAUUGGGGGCCAGAAAGUAAAGAGCAGCAAUCCGGCGUCCUCGUCUGUCGUCGCCUCGCCGGUCUCCACGGCAGCGGUCUCAGGCAAGCGCUCAGUGCUGCUGUCUAAUGAGGCGCGUAAGGAGAUGGCCAAGCAGGCGAAAGCCCUGAAGGACGAGCGCCGGGCCUCCAUGGACAGCCGCCACAAGUACCUGAUGUCCAAGAUGGCCGACGGCCUCAGCCUGGGGGAGGCCGAGGUGGAGGAGGCACUUGUCUCUGAUGAGAAGUUCAGUUUGAUAGAGGAAUUCUUUGCAGACCACGGAUCAAAGAGAUUGCUCUUCUUCUAUCAGGCGGCACCAGCCAGCCAGAAGAAGCUUUUCAUCACCACGGGGACUGCCGAGGGCCUGCUUGGGGUGUGUUUGUUUUUCCUGCGCAGCACGGAGAAGGCCAUAACGACCGCCAGUGUGUCCCAAGAGGUGAACUUUGGAAUGCUCGAUUGCACCGAGGGGAACCUUUUGCACAGCUUGGAGAACCUUUUUUCCCGGGUCAUGUUGCCAGCUCUCAAGUGUCAGGAGGACUGGGGUGCCAUCAAAGAGGGCCUGAGGAGCGUCCACAUCCAGGACUUCCUGAGCUCCGUGGACCGCUUUGUCUGCAGUCUCUCUUCUGCGCGCCUCAACAUGGAGGGGAGGUUCCAGCUGGAGGAAGUGGACUCGGCUCCCAACCUGAACAACCUCCUGGACCCAGCGGACUACACCGCCGCAGCGAGUAACUCUGAGCUGGUGGAGCGUGUGGAGGCGGUGCUGGUGUGCUGGGCGCGGCAGAUUGAGCUGGUGCUGGCGGAGAGUGAGCAGAUGAGGAAGGAGGCGGACGACAUCGGCCCCGCCGCAGAGCUCGAGUACUGGAAGAGCCGCAUGACCACUUUCAACAGCCUCCUGGACGAGAUCAAGAGGCCGCAGGUGAAGAAGGUUCUGGGGCUGCUGCAGGUGGCCAAGUCCAAAAUGCUGAAGCGCUGGAAGGAGCUGGAUGGGAAUAUAACGGUGGUGGCCAACGAGGCCAAGGAUAACGUCAAGUACCUUUACACGCUGGAGAAGUUCUUUAGACCGCUGGGAACGUGCACUCCUAGCAGCAUGCUGGAGCACAUUCCUCACCUGAUGAACAGCAUCCGCAUGAUCCACAAUGUGUCCCACUACUACAACACCUCCGAGCACAUGACCUCCCUCUUCGUCAAGGUCACCAACCAGAUGGUCACCACCAGCAAGGCCUACCUGUGCCAAGGGGUGGCCAAGCUCUGGGACCUAGACAGAGGGGAGCUGCUGAGGAGGGUUGGUGAGUGUCUCCUGCUCAAUCAGGAGUACCAGCUGUGCUUCCAGAGGGUGCGGGAGAAGCUGCGGGAGAACCCUGAACACAAACAGUUUGAAUUCAGUGAGAACUACAUCUUUGGCAAGUUUGACACGUUCUGCAAGCGCCUGGACAAGGUCGCGGACGUGGCCCGGACGCUGGAGGAGCUGUCCUCUCUGCAGCACAUCAGGGUGGAGGGGACGGAGAAGAUUUAUGUGCGCUACCAGACUAUCGUGACAAGCAUCAAGUCCAAGACCUACAAUGUUCUUGACCAUCGCAAACUAGAGUUUGAUGGUGAUUAUGCUGAAUUCAAACUUCAAAUCCAAGGCUUGCUCAGGUCACUCCAGGCACUGUUGGAUGCUUGGUUUUUGCGGAAUCUUUCUGCAGAGCGAAUGCUUGGGCUGUUGGCGAAGUUUGAAACCGGGCUGGGCAAGCAACUGGACCUGACAGAGAAGUACAUGUUUGUUCUCCAACGUUAUGGUCACGAGCUGGAGCAAGUGCGGAAACUUUACCAAAAGCAGCGAGACAAUCCUCCUAUUGCACGAAACAUGCCCACAAUUGCAGGGAAAAUUCUGUGGUCACGACAGCUCUUCAGAAAAAUUGAAUUGCCAAUGACUCUGCUGAAAGACAAACUGGAUAUACUCAAGGCUCCUGAGAUGAGGCCAGUUAUCCGGGCCUAUAACCAGAUGGCUGCCGUGCUGCUGGAGUAUGAGCUGCUGUACCACAGGGGCUGGGCGCAGGCCGUAGAGAUGGGGCAACACGGCCUCAACGCCACUCUCCUCAUCAGGCACCCCGAGACCAAGGAGAUCUUUGUCAAUCUGGACCCUGUGGUGCUGGAGGUUCUGCAGGAGGCCAAGUGUAUGAGCAAAAUGGGCUUCUCGGUGCCCAAGGCUCUUCUGAGCAUGUGCACCAGAGAGGCCCAGCUGAAGGCUCAACAGAACGCCCUUCAGGAGCUGCUGGAGGAGUUCCAGGUGUGUGUGAGCCGGAUCCCUGCGCUCCUCCUGCCCGUCACACAACCCUUCUGCAGCCGCGUGGAGAACACACUCACGCCCGGCCUCACCACGCUGUCCUGGCGCUCCCUCAACACACACACAUUCGUGGCGUGUGUGCGUGCGGCGCUGGCGGAGCUGCAGCAGGUGGUGCGGGUGGUGCGGGACGUGCUGGAGUGCCGGGUGGAGAGAUCCUUCCAGGCCGUGGCCUCCACCACCCUGCUGCCGCUCCCGGAGGACCAGCCCGUGCCCGUCCACUCCUUCCAGGCCCACGCGGAGAGCGCGGUCAGGGCGGCCGCAGGGGUGCUAGCCAGUCAGAGUAGGCAGGCAGAGAUGGCCAUGUGGGACAUGAUUCAGGAGCUCAAGAGGAAGAUGACGCCAGCCGAGAUGGUCAACCUGGAGGGGUCUUUUGCCUGCUUGCACCCUGAUGCCAAGCAGAAGAGCCGAUGCCAGGCCUGCUUGCCAUGUCACUUCUACAACCUCAUGGGCCAGCUCUGCCAAAAGAACACGGAGGCUCUAGUCAGGGCCACCAAAAUGUCUCUGGAUUCGCUGCGGCGGCGCCUUCACGUGGUGAACUCCAAGUACCUGUCGGCCUUCGCUGCGUUGGAUCGUCCCGUUGUGCAGGUGCCCCUGUUCAAAGCGUCCAUCCAGUUGGCCAUCCCCAACAUUGUCCUCAGGCCCAGCCUUGAGGACAUCCAGAGCAUCCUCAACAAAGUGGUCAACACGGUGCUGUCCAUGGCCAAGGAUCUUCCCCUCUGGGAAUACGCACAUCUGCAUCACAAACAGCUGCAGGUGGAGCAGCAGGCUGCGCGGGACCUUGGGGACGACGGGCCGGUCACCAAGCAGAUCACCCUGAAGCCGCUGGACCGGCAGCUGGCCGAGCACAAGGACGUGACCAAGGCCGUGGUCCAGCUCAGCUCCAUCGUGUCCUCCCUGAAGGCGGACGCCGGGGACGUGCUGGGCGGCCUCGCCCACUUCUCCAUCCUCUGGAACCAGGAUGCAGAGGAGCAGGUCAAGCUCUUUUUGGAGAGCAGCCCAUCCCUGCCGGAGUUCAGUGCUCAGAUUUCAUCAUACUCUACGCUGGAGGCUCAGGUGGAGGAGCUGCCGGCCAGCUGCGCUGUGGGCUCCGUCGUGUACGAGACGGAGCAGCUGAAGCUGGCGCUGGUGCAGGAGUGUCGGGCGUGGAAGAGGGCGUUCGGGGCGGCGCUGAGCCGCCAGGCCUCCGUCCACAUGGCGGAGAUCUACGGCUUCCUGGAGACGGCCACGCGGCAGCUGCAGCGCCCCCUGGUGGACCUGGAGGACGUGCGCUCGGCCAUGGCGGCGCUGAGGGAGGUGCGCGAGGGCGACAUCCGCAUCGACAGCCUCAUCGCGCCCGUCGAGGAAUCCUUCGCCCUGCUCAACCGCCACCAGCUGCACUUCGCCGACGGCAACGCCGAGAAGGUGGACAGCCUGACCUACGCCUGGAAAAACCUCAACGCUCUGGUGUUGCAGACACAGAACACCCUUGUGGCCAUUCAGCCAACAAUGAAGUCGGAGCUGCAGACGGGCGUGGAGAGUUUUCAGGGCACAGUGCAGAUCUUCUACAGCGAUUACCACUCCAGUGGUCCCGGAGUGGCCGGGUUGGCACCGCGCGAGGCAAGUGACCGGCUGCAGGCCUUCCAGGCCCAGUUUGAUGAGCUCUGGAGGAAAUACAUCACCCUCUCGGGAGGAGAGGAGCUCUUCGGGCUCCCCGUCAAAGAGUACCCUGACCUUCACCGUAUCAAGAGAGAGCUGUCUCUGCUGUCCAAGCUCUACGGCCUCUACAACUCCGUCAUCGACAGCGUGAGCGGCUACUAUGAUAUCCAGUGGAAUGACCUUAACAUAGAGAAGAUCAACAGUGAACUUCAAGACUUUCAAAAUCGCAUUCGGAAACUUCCAAAAGCCUUGAAGGAAUGGCAGGCCUUCGGUGAUCUGAAGAAGAAGAUUGAUGACUUCAAUGAAACGUGCCCCCUUCUCUACAUGAUGGCAAACAAGGCUAUGAUGGCACGACACUGGCAGCGCCUGGGGGAUAUCACAGGACACAGCUUUGAUGUUGACUCAGCCAAUUUCUCUCUCAGAAACAUUAUGGAGGCUCCCUUGCUAAAGUACAAGGAGGAUAUUGAGGAUGUUUGUAUCAGUGCUGUAAAAGAGCGAGACAUUGAGGCCAAAUUGAAGGACGUGGUGGCGGAAUGGAGUAGCCACACGUUCACCUUCGCCCCCUUCAGGAACCGAGGGGAACUGCUGCUGAAGGGAUCCGACACGGCAGAGAAGGUGGCGCUGAUGGAGGACAGCCUCAUGAUCUUAGCCUCGCUGAUGAGCAACAGGUACAACGUCCCCUUCAAGCCCGCCAUCCAGCAGUGGGUUCAGAAGCUGUCCAACACCACGGAGGUGAUCGAGAAGUGGCUGAUGGUGCAGAACCUCUGGAUCUACCUGGAGGCGGUGUUCGUGGGCGGAGACAUCGCCAAACAGCUGCCGCAGGAGGCCAAGCGGUUCCAGAACAUCGACAAGUCGUGGCAGAAGAUCAUGCAGCGCGCGCACGAGGCGCCCGGCGUGGUGCGGUGCUGUGCGGGCGACGAGACGCUGCGGCAGCUGCUGCCGCACCUGCUGGAGCAGCUGGAGGUGUGCCAGAAGAGCCUGAGCGGCUACCUGGAGAGGAAGCGCCUCGUCUUCCCACGCUUCUUCUUCGUCUCCGACCCCGCCCUCUUGGAGAUACUGGGGCAGGCCUCGGACUCGCACACCAUCCAGGCCCAUUUGUUGAGUCUCUUUGACAACGUGAACAGAGUGGUUUUCCACGAGAAGAACUACGACCAGAUCCUGAGCUUCCAGUCUCAGGAGGGGGAGACGGUGGCUCUUAACGUGCCCGUCAACGCCCAGGGGAAUGUGGAGGUGUGGUUGGGCCUGCUGCUCUCUGGCGUGAAGAGCACCAUCCACAGCAUCAUCCGUCAGGCCCACCUGACUAUCAGUGACACGGGCCUCAAGCUGCUGGAGUUCCAGGCCGUGUUCCCGGCCCAGGUGGGCCUCCUGGGGAUCCAGCUCAUCUGGACCCGCGACGCCGAGGAGGCUCUCAAGCUCAGCAAGACCGAUAAGAAGAUCAUGCCCACAACCAAUCAGAAGUUUCUGGACAUCCUGAACGAGCUGAUUGACAUGACCACUGGAGAGCUGACCAGAAUGGAGAGAACCAAGUACGAGACCCUCAUCACCAUUCACGUCCACCAGAAGGACAUCUUUGAUGAUCUGGUGCGUCUGAACGUGAGGUCAGCUCUGGACUUUGAGUGGCAGAAGCAAUCACGCUUCUACUUCUUGGAGGACGUGGACCGCUGUGUCAUUCAGAUCACGGAUGUGGAGUUUGACUACUGCAACGAAUACCUGGGCUGCACUGACAGGCUUGUCAUCACACCCCUUACUGACAGAUGCUACAUCACGUUGGCGCAGGCAUUGGGCAUGAGUAUGGGUGGCGCCCCUGCUGGCCCGGCGGGCACAGGGAAGACGGAGACCACCAAGGACAUGGGCCGCUGCCUGGGCAAGUACGUGGUGGUCUUCAACUGCUCCGACCAGAUGGACUACAGAGGACUCGGCCGCAUCUACAAGGGAUUGGCCCAGUCCGGGGCCUGGGGGUGCUUUGAUGAGUUUAACCGCAUCGAGCUGCCCGUCCUGUCCGUGGCGGCCCAGCAGAUCUACAUCGUGCUGCAGUGCAAGAAGAACAAGAAGGCCACCUUCGUCUUCACCGACGGAGACCUGGUCAGCAUGGACCGGGAGUUCGGCAUCUUCCUCACCAUGAACCCUGGCUAUGCCGGCCGGCAGGAGCUCCCUGAGAACCUGAAGAUCCAGUUCCGCACCGUGGCCAUGAUGGUUCCGGACCGGGCCAUCAUCAUGAGGGUCAAGCUAGCCAGUGCUGGUUUCCGUGACAACCAGGUGCUCAGUCGCAAGUUCUACACCCUGUACAAGCUGUGUGAGGAGCAGCUGUCCAAACAGGUCCACUAUGACUUCGGGCUGCGGAACAUCCUCUCGGUUCUGAGGACGCUGGGGGCGGUGAAGCGGGCCAACCCCACGGAACCGGAGAAGACCGUCGUCAUGAGAGUCCUGCGGGACAUGAACCUCUCCAAACUGGUGGACGAGGACGAGCCUCUCUUCAUGAGCCUGAUUGACGACCUGUUCCCGGGCAUCACGCUGGACAAGGCGGGCUACCCCGAGCUGGAGGCGGCCAUCGCGGCCCAGGCCCAGCAGGCCCAGCUCAUCGCCCACCCGCCCUGGCUGCUCAAGCUGGUGCAGCUCUACGAGACCCAGCGGGUCAGGCACGGUAUGAUGACGCUGGGCCCCAGCGGAACAGGGAAGAGUACGUGCAUCCACACGCUGAUGAGGGCGAUGACGGAGUGCGGCGCGGCCCACAGGGAGAUGCGCAUGAACCCCAAGGCCGUCACCGCCGCACAGAUGUUCGGCACGCUGGACGUGGCCACCAACGACUGGACCGACGGGAUCUUCUCCACCCUGUGGAGGAAAACACUCAAAGCCAAGAAGGGUGAACACAUCUGGAUAGUUCUGGACGGUCCAGUCGAUGCCAUCUGGAUUGAGAACCUGAACUCUGUCUUGGACGAUAACAAGACGUUAACUCUCGCCAACGGAGACCGCAUCCCCAUGGCCCCCAACUGCAAGGUUGUGUUUGAGCCCCACAACAUCGACAACGCCUCCCCGGCCACCGUGUCCCGCAACGGCAUGGUGUUCAUGAGCUGCUCUGUGCUGGACUGGCAGCCCAUCCUGCACGCCUGGCUCCGGAACAUUCCACCAGCGCAGGCCGACGUGCUGCUCAACUGCUUUAACAGCAUCUUCCAGGACCUCAUUAACUUCAUCUUCACGGCAGUGGCACCCAAAAUGCAGAUCCUGGAGUGCAUGUACAUCAAGCAGGCCCUGGAUCUGCUGCAGGGCUUGCUGCCGUCGGCAGAUGAGAAGAGCGCAGCUCGUGGGCAGGUGGGGCGGCUGUUCGUGUUCGCCGUCAUGUGGUCGCUGGGGGCGCUGCUGGAGCUGGACGACAGAGCUCGGCUGGAGGCGUUCCUCACGGCCCACUCCGCCCCUCUGGACCUGCCCCGCACCCACGGAGACCAGACCAUCUUCGAGUUCGUAGUCAACCAGGCCGGGGAGUGGGAACACUGGUCUAGAAAGGUCCCUGAGUACAAAUAUCCGCAGGACGUUGUUCCUGACUACGCCUCCAUACUCGUACCCAACGUUGACAACGUCAGAACGGACUUUCUGAUGCGGACCAUCAUGCAACAGGGUAAAGCCGUGCUGCUCAUCGGUGAACAGGGCACUGCCAAAACAGUCAUGAUUAAGGGCUACACCAGUAAGUAUGACCCAGAGACACAUGUGAGUAAGAGCCUGAACUUCUCGUCGGCCACGCUGCCAGGGAUGUUCCAGCAGAGUGUGGAGAGCUACAUAGACAAGCGCAUGGGCGCCACCUACGGGCCGCCCGCCGGCAAGAGGAUGACCGUCUUCAUCGACGACAUCAACAUGCCCGUCAUCAACGAGUGGGGCGACCAGAUCACCAAUGAGAUCGUGCGGCAGCUGAUGGAGCAGGGCGGCUUCUACAGCCUGGAGCGUCCGGGCGAGUUCACCGCCGUGGUGGACGUGCAGCUGGCCGCCGCCAUGAUCCACCCGGGGGGCGGCCGCAACGACAUCCCCCAGCGCCUCAAGCGCCAGUUCUGCAUCUUCAACUGCACCCUGCCCUCCAACUCCUCUAUCGACAAGAUCUUCCACACCCUGGCGCACGGCUACUUCUGCCCACACAGGGGCUUCCCCGAGGACGUGUGCACUCUGGCCAGUGCCCUGGUACCCACCUCCAGGAGAGUGUGGCAAGCAGUCAAGGCCAAGAUGCUGCCCUCGCCCGCUAAGUUCCACUACAUCUUCAACCUGCGGGACCUGAGCCGCGUGUGGCAGGGCGUGCUGGCGGUGGGCGCGGGGGUGUGCCAGGGGUCAGCGGUGCUCCUGCAGCUCCUGAGGCACGAGUGCUGCCGCGUCAUCGCUGACCGCUUCAUCGACCCGAAAGACACCGUGAUCUUUGAUGGGAUCGUGGAGCGGAUCAUGACGGAGGACCAUGGAGUGGACUUGGUGGCGCAGGCGGCAGCGGACGUCUACUUUGUGGACUUCCUGCGGGACGCGGCGGAGAGCACGGGAGACGAGCCGGACGACGCGGAGCCCGAGACGCCCAAGGUGUACGAGCCCGUCCCGUCCUACCAGGUGCUGUCGGAGCGGCUGGGCUUCUACCUGCAGCAGUACAACGAGGCCGUCCGGGGCAGCGCCAUGGACCUGGAUGCCAUGAUCCACCUGGUGAAGAUCUCCCGGAUCAUCCGCACUCCCCAGGGAAACGCUCUGCUGGUGGGGGUGGGGGGGUCCGGCAAGCAGAGCCUCACCCGCCUGGCCUCCUUCAUCGCUGGGUACCAGAGCUUCCAGAUCACCCUCACACGGUCGUACAACGUGAGCAACCUGCUGGAGGACCUGAAGACGCUGUACCGCAUGGCCGGGCAGCAGGGGCGGGGCGUCACCUUCAUCUUCACCGACAACGACAUCAAGGACGAGUCCUUCCUGGAGUACCUGAACAACGUGCUGGCGUCCGGCGAGGUCUCCAACCUGUUCGCCCGCGACGAGCUGGACGAGAUCACGCAGGACCUGAUCGCCGUCAUGAAGCGCGAGCACCCGCGCCGCCCGCCCACCGCCGACAACCUGUACGACUACUUCCUGUCGCGCGUGCGCAGCCACCUGCACGUGGCGCUCUGCAUGUCGCCGGUCGGGGAGAGGCUCCGCUCGCGCGCGCUACGCUUCCCGGGCCUGGUGUCCGGCUGCACCGUGGACUGGUUCCAGCGCUGGCCGCGCGACGCCCUCGUGGCGGUCGCCAACCACUUCCUGUCCGGCUACGAGCUCCGCUGCACGGAGGAGGUCAAGCAGAGCGUGGUGACCACCAUGGGCGCCUUCCAGGACCUGGUGGCCGAGACCUGCAGCGAGUACUUCCAGCGGUUCCGUCGGCAGACCUACGUGACGCCCAAGUCCUACCUGUCCUUCAUCAAGGGCUACCAGGCCGUCUACUCGGACAAGAUCGCUCACGUGGGAACGCUUGCAGAGCGCAUGAACACAGGCCUGGCUAAGCUGAUGGAGGCGGAGGUGUCGGUGAGUGAGCUGUCCAAGGAGCUGGCGCUGAAGGAGCAGGAGCUGGCCGUGGCGUCCCAGCGGGCGGACGGGGUGCUGCAGGAGGUGACGGUCAAGGCGCAGGCCGCCGAGAAGGUCAAAGGUCAGGUGCAGAAGGUCAAGGACAAGGCCCAGGCCAUCGUGGACGAGAUCGAGGGAGACAAGAAGGUGGCCGAGUCCAAGCUGGAGGCAGCUAAGCCAGCACUAGCGGCCGCUGAGGCUGCACUACAGACCAUAAAGCCGGCGGACAUCGCCACGGUGCGGAAGCUGGGCAAGCCGCCUCACCUGAUCAUGCGCAUCAUGGACGCCGUGCUGCUCCUGUUCCAGCGCCGGGUGGACGCCGUCACCGUGGAUACGGAGCGGCCCUGCCUACGACCCUCCUGGACCGAGGCCCUCAAGCUCAUGAACAACUCCGCCUUCCUCAGCAUGCUGCUGAACUUCAACAAGGACUCCAUCACAGAGGAGGUGGUGGAGCUGCUCACGCCGUACCUCAGCAUGGACGACUACAACCUGGACUCUGCCAAGCGCAUCUGUGGGAACGUGGCCGGCCUCUGCUCCUGGACCGAAGCCAUGGCGGACUUCUUCAGCAUCAACAAGGAAGUGCUGCCGUUAAAGGCCAAUCUGAAGCUGCAGGAGGCGCGGCUGGUGGUGGCCCAGGCGGAGCUGGCGGAGGCUCAGGGGCAGCUGGACGCUAAGCAGCGGGAGCUGGACGCGGCGCAGGCCCUCUACGACCACGCCAUGCGCCACAAGCAGACCCUGCUGGACGACGCUCACGCCUGCCGCCGCAAGAUGGACAACGCCGUGGCGCUCAUCGAGGGGCUGGGGGGGGAGAAGGUCCGCUGGACGGAGAGCAGUGCUGAGUUCCAGAGCCAGAUCAGGGACCUGGUGGGGGACGUUCUGCUGGCCACAGGGUUCCUGUCCUACGCCGGCCCCUUCAACCAGGAGUACCGCAACCUGCUGCUAGAACAGUGGAGAACCCAGAUGAGCGCCAACCACAUCCCCUAUAGCCAGGUGAAGGUGGGGGAUAAGGAGGUGGAUGUGAUGAAGGGCUUCACCCUGUACAUCACCACUAAGCUGGCCAACCCGGCCUACACGCCUGAGGUCAGCGCCAAGACGGCCGUGGUGGACUUCACCGUCACCACACGGGGCCUGGAGGACCAGCUGCUGGGCCGCGUCAUCCUCAUCGAGAAGCAGGAGCUGGAGUCUGAGCGUGUGAAGCUCCUGGAGGAAGUGACGUCGAACAAGCGCAAGAUGCAGGAACUGGAGGACAACCUGCUGUACCGACUGACCAGCACCGAGGGCUCUCUGGUGGAGGACGAGUCCCUCAUCGAGGUGCUCCGAGUUACCAAGACGACGGCGGAGGAGGUUAGCGAAAAGCUAACGGUGGCGGCGGAGACGGAGACGAAGAUCAACUUAGCGCGGGAGGAGUACCGCCCAGUGGCCACCAGGGGCAGCCUUCUCUACUUCCUGAUCGUGGAGAUGAGCCUGGUGAACAUCAUGUACCAGACGUCGCUGCGGCAGUUCCUGGGUCUCUUCGACUCGUCCAUGGAGAGGUCAGCCAAGUCCCAGAUCACGGCCAAGCGCCUGGGCAGCAUCAUGGAGUACCUGACCUACGCCGUGUUCCGGUACACGGAGAGAGGGCUCUACGAGGAGCACAAGUUCCUCUUCACGCUGCUGCUGGCGCUCAAGAUCGACCUGCAGGCCAAGAACAUCUCCCACAGCGAGUUCCAGACCUUCAUCAAAGGCGGUGCUUCUCUGGACCUGAACUCUGUGGAGGCCAAGCCGAGGCGCUGGAUUCUGGACAUGACGUGGCUCAACCUGGUGCAGCUGUCGUCGCUGCCGCCCUUCACCUGUCUGCUGGCGCAGGUUGCCCACGGCGACCGUGCCUGGCGGGCGUGGUUCGACGAGGCCGCUCCUGAGGAGGUGCCGUUGCCUGGCGACUACGACAGCCUGCUGGACGCCUUCCGGAAGCUUCUGCUCAUCCGCAGCUGGUGCCCAGAUCGCACCAUCGCCCAGGCCAGGCAGUACAUUGCGGCGUCUCUGGGCGGCCGGUAUGCGGAGGCCGGUGUGCUGGACAUGGAGGGCAUGUGUGUGGAGAGCGACUGCAGAACCCCGCUGGUCUGCUUCCUGUCCAUGGGCUCCGACCCCACCGACAACAUCGAGAGGCUCGCCAAAGCCAAGGCGGUCCCGUGCCGGCCCAUCUCCAUGGGUCAGGGGCAGGAAGUGCACGCGCGGAGGCUGCUGGCCCAGAGCAUGGCGGACGGAGGCUGGCUGCUGCUGCAGAACUGCCACCUGGGCCUGGACUUCCUGGACGAGCUGCUGGACACGGUCAGCGGCGGCGAGAGCGUCCACGAGGGCUUCCGAGUGUGGCUCACCACCGAGGUGCACCCCCAGUUCCCCAUCAACCUCCUGCAGUCCUCCGUCAAGUUCACCAACGAGCCUCCCCAAGGUAUGAAGGCGGGUCUGAGGAGGACAUAUGGGGGCCUGACUCAGGACCAGCUGGAGAUCUCCAACAUGCCCCAGUGGAGACCACUGCUCUACGCCCUGGCCUUCCUCCACACCACCGUGCAGGAGAGACGUAAGUUUGGCCCGCUAGGCUGGAACAUUCCGUACGAGUUCAACCAGGCCGACUUCACGUCCUGCAUGCAGUUUGUCCAGAACCACCUGGACGAGGUGGACGUGAAGCGCGGCGUGAACUGGAGCUGCGUGCGCUACAUGCUGGGCGAGGUCCAGUACGGGGGCCGCGUCACCGACGACCUGGACAAGCGGCUGCUCAACACCUUCGCCCACACCUGGUUCGGCGAGAGCAUGUUCGGAGAGCGCUUCUGCUUCUACAAGGGCUACACCAUUCCCAAAGCCAAGACUGUGCAGGACUGCCUGAGUCACAUAGACACACUCCCACUGGUGGACUCCCCUGAGGUGUUUGGUCUUCACCCAAAUGCUGACAUCACCUACCAGAGCAACCUGGCCAGCGAGACCCUGAGUACCAUCAUCAGCGUGCAGCCCAAGGACAGCGGCGGGGGGGCCGGGGAGACCCGGGAGAGCUCCGUCCAGCGGCUGGCCAACGAGAUGCUGGAGAAGCUCCCCGCCAACUACGUGCCGCACGAGGUGCGAACCCAUCUGCAGAAAAUGGGAGCCUUCCAGCCAAUGACCAUCUUCCUGCGUCAAGAGAUCGACCGCAUGCAGCGAAUCAUUGGGAGAGUGCGGAGCACCCUGACUGACCUCAAGCUGGCCAUAGAUGGCACCAUCGUGAUGGCGGAGGACCUGCGGGAGGCGCUGGACAGCAUGUAUGAUGCGCGCGUGCCGCGGCUCUGGCUGAAGGUGUCCUGGGCGGCGGCCACGCUGGGCUUCUGGUUCACCGAGCUGCUGGAGAGGAACCACCAGCUCCACGACUGGACCUUCAGUGGCCGGCCCAACCAGUUCUGGCUCACCGGGUUCUUCAACCCCCAGGGCUUUCUGACGGCCAUGCGUCAGGAGACGACGCGCAUGAACGUGUCCAGGGGCUGGGCGCUGGACACGGUGGUCCUCCAUAACGACGUCACGCGCAUGAUGCGGGAGGACGUCAUUGCCCCGCCCCCCAGCGAUGUGGGAGGAGUCUACAUCUACGGACUCUUCCUGGAGGGGGCUGGCUGGGACAAGAGGAGCGCUAAACUCACAGAGUCCUCUCCCAAGGUCCUCUUCACCCCGCUGCCCGUGGUGCACGUCUACGCCAUCAGCAGCACCUCCCCUCCCGACAGCAAGAGGGCGCCGGCCGUGAGCCUGUACCCCUGCCCCGUGUACAAGAAGCCCCAGCGCACGGACCUCACCUUCAUCUUCUCCCUCCUCCUGCGCACCAGCCAGCCCAGCGAGCACUGGACACUCAGGGGCGUCGCCCUGCUCUGCGACUGCAAAUGAUCAAGUAGCCAACAACACACCUCCUGUGGUUUGUACCAUAGCAACACACUUCCUGUGGUUUGUACCAUAGCAACACACUUCCUGUGGUUUGUACCGUAGCAACACACUUCCUGUGGUUUGUACCAUAGCAACACACUUCCUGUGGUUUGUACCAUAGCAACACCCCUGAUGUGUUGCUCCAUAUGCUGGUGCAACCAAACAGCAGCACACGUGAUUUCACUCUCAGCUAAUCAACAAACAACAUGGAUGGAGCAAGGUAUGUGUGGGAGGAGCCACCAGUAGCUAUAGCGACAGUUAGCUGCUAAGAGUGUCCUUGGCUCUUUCUGAUGUGUUUCUCUUUAAUAUGUAGUGGAUUGAGCCCUAGUUAUUAUGUCAGUGAUCAUGACAAUGACAGAGAAUUAGUAUCUAAUGAGCUUACAAUAGAACUACAUACUUUUACAUUUGAAAAAACAAAUUGAUUCUGAUAAAUAUACUGUAUGUUUUAGUAACUAGUCACUAGGUCAGUUAUGCUAAUUGGGUGUUAGCUAGGUCAAUGAGUCUAUUUGUAUGCAGGGCCCUGUUCUUGGGAUGCUAAUGGCACAUACUGACACUGAGUCCAGUAGUGGGUUACUUCGGCCUCUCCUCACGAAUAGCAGCACUUGAAGAAUAUGGUGAAGGUUCAUGAUUAUGUUUUGCAUUUUUAUUAGCUGUUUUCCAAAUAUAUCACCAGAGAAUAAAAACAAUGCAAAA